UCCUCAGAACAAAAUUUGGAAACUAUGGGCACAUUUAAAGGACGUAUUCCUCAGGUAAUGAGCUUCUAAAUGAAGGGACUGGUUUUGUCUGUUUGUAGUUGAGGUUACACAGUGAAGUUACGCGGGCCAUCAGUCAUGACAUGGAUGUGGCUAACGUAUCUGUACUUUUUAUACUUCAGCCACAAAAGUCUUGGGAUGAUUACAUACAACAGAACAGCAGGACAGCUGGAAAAUCACACCAUUUCUCCAAAUCUUACCGUUAACAACUCAGAAGAAAAUAGUCAAGAGGCACAGCAAAGGAACCUGACAGCUUCGAGAGAUGAACUUCAAACAACAAAAUCAACAGCUUCAGUGGCAAGAAUUCUAUAUGUAACAAACAAUACAGCUGGUUUUUCAAAGAACAACCAGAUUGCAGGGAGAAGAAACUCCUCCACUCCAGUGAUACAAAGCCAAAGGAUUCGGAGUGGAUUUGGACUGAAUGAGAAAGCACAUAAACCACCAGGACUAACAUUCAGCAGCAGAAGUGCCACCAAACCUAGUUUUGAGACUUCCAGGGGCAAAAGCUGGUGUGCGUACGUGCACACUCGCCUCACGCCAACAGUAGUGAUGGACUCAGCUUCCUCCUACGUGCCCAUCGUCACCGAUCCGUGCUACUGGAGCCGAGAAGGGUGUCAGAGAAGGUACCAGAUGAUGAGCAGUCCGACUUACAAAAUUAAACACAAGAUUAUGACCUCGCUGGAGUGGCGGUGCUGUCCAGGAUACGUGGGCCCCCAGUGCCAGCCGAAAGACUCCUCCCCUCAGAUCCAGCAGCCAGCCCGCAGAGCUGAAGUCCAUUCAGACAGCAGAACCUCAGAGGUACCAGCACCAGAGGGAUCGGAACAGGCCACUGAGCCCGCCAUAAAGCCAAAAAUGGACAAUGAAGUCAUGAAUCAGGCAAGCAAACUCACCUCUUUGUUGAACAAGGUGAAUGACAUAAGCACAGACAUGGACAACAUGAAGAAGGUGCUCUCCUCCUUAGAGGAGAAACUGAACGAGGAGAAGGGAGAUGAUCUUCCAUCUAUCCUGAGAGCUCUGAAGACCAAAGCAAUCCAAGAAUUUUUCAGAGACAUUGUCCAAAAAGAAAUCAAACCAUUUCAGAGUAUGAUACAAGAAAGCAUUUCUAACAUUAUCAAAAACCAGUUGAGCGUAUCAGAGGACAUUGAGGCCACAAAAGUCAGUCUGAAGCAGUUCAAUAAGACAGUGAUCACUUUGGCAGCAUCUCAAAGCCCAAUGAAGGCAAGUAACACACACAUGGGGAAUGAUAUCCAAAAUCUGAAGGAUCAAGUAUCUUCUUUACAAGAAGAUAUUUCUGUCAUUCAGACCAAUAUAACAACUGAACUGAAAGAUGAAUAUAGUUUCCAGAAGGAUAACGUUGCCCUUGAAGGAGAGCCUGUUUAUGGAUCCGCCAUCCCUGACCGCAAAGGAAAUGAGAACUCUACCCUCUCAGAGCAGGUGUCUCUCCUGGGUGAUGCAGUCAGGAAGCAAGCCCUGCUCACUCUGCAGCUGCAGCAGGACCUGCAUGAGCAGGGGCUGGCUGUAUGGAACCUCUCUAACGCCGCUGGUCUGCAGAGUCGCCCGGUGGGAGAAACGUCUGAUACUCUGGUUGAGCGGUGCAAGCAGGACCUCCGGCAGCAGAUGCAGGAGAUCAAGGACAGCAUCAGGACGGUGAACCAGACGCUGUGUGAUAAAGUCAAUCCCAUGGACGACAUGAUGAACGCCAUCGAGGAGAAGAUCAGCCAUGUAUCCUAUGACCUGGAGGAGCUCAGGCCAAUUAAAGACAAUAAUGGCUUUGCUGGUGUAUUUAAUGAGGAGAAACAAACAGCUGAGCUUUCUGCUAUGAAGGGCCAGCUUGAAAGUCUUGCUACUACCAUCAACAUUCUGAAUAUAAGCAUUACUGGCCUUGAGAAGGCUCAGGAGGAACUGAGCAACCAGACGAAGGCAAAAGAAGAUGAGGUGGAUAAGAAGUUGAGAGGAUGUCAGGAUGGGAUUGAGGAUGCCCUCAAUGACACUAUGACCAUCAUCAACAAAGCAAUAGACGCUGUUAAAGACAACCACUACAUUUUGGAAAAUAACCUUGAUAACACAAACCGACAGCUCAAUGAGAUAUAUGAUGAUGUCACUAAAAAAAUAAAUAAUUCCAAUCUCAUACCUUACAUUGACUUUCUGAAUUCUACUGUCCUUAUCCUGCAACAAAAAAUGGAGAGAUUUGAUGAUUUAAGUUUGUUUGACAGACUUUCAGACUCUAUGAAUCAGACUAAUGAAAUGAACAAGCCUGAAAAUCUCACCCACCUUUCCCAGCAGCUGACAGAAGCACUUUCCAAACUUGAAGACCACCAGACAACCAUUGAACAUUUGCAGGGGUCACACGCAAAUUAUUCCAGCAAUUUUAGAGAGCAUAGAAUGCACCUCCAACGCAUGGAGUCCAGAAUAAAUUCUCUGAACUACAAUUCCACCCCUACAAUUAAACCAAAGAAGAAGUUACCAGCUGAAAUGGGGCUAGCCUGGAAAUACAAGUAUCUAAACAAUAGAGUAGAAGACCUCGCCAUUAUAAUGUUCAACCUGACUACAGAAGUUUUAUGGUUGAAAGAAAGCGACCAGAAUGUGAGGAACUUGUACCAAAAUGUGUCAAUAUUACUGGAUCGACAAGCUCACAUUCCUCAGAUUUUUGAAGAACACAUUAACUUCACCCACCUCCAAAAGGGACUGAAUGAACUCUUAAAACAGGAAGGCCAGGAUUUGUGUGAAUCAGUGCCGAUGAAUCCCACAGCAUACUUAAACUGUGUUCUGGCCAGCAUGUUCAAAGACAUCUCUGUGCUUCAAAGGCAUGCCGAGGAUCUGGACGAAAGACUUGAGGCCACAGCCACACUGAAUGCCUCCUCAGCCGUAUCUGGGAGGAGUCAGAGGAACACUGAUAAUAUUGUUAACCAAGUGGAAUCUCAGGGCUGUGCUCAUUACCCCUGCCAGAAUGGCGGCACCUGCAUCGAUGCACAGCACGGCUACGUGUGUGCCUGUCGCUCUCCGUUUGGAGGCACUAACUGCACCGUAAAGCUGUCUGACAGCGCUGCUUCCCCCGAUUUUUCCAAAGGCUCCUACCGGUAUGCUCCCAUGGUUACCUUUUUCGUGGCACACACUUAUACCAUGAGUGCUCCUGGGCCAAUUCGCUUCAACAACCUGUAUGUGAACUACGGGGUGUCUUAUGCUCCGGGGACUGGAAAGUUCUCCAUACCCUACCUGGGAGUUUACGUGUUCAAGUACACCAUUGAGUACACCAGCUCCGCUGUCUCUGGGUACCUGGUGGUAGAUGAUGUCGACAAGCUAGCCUUCCGGUCUCAAGACUCCAGGGGCCAGGACAGUGGCAGCAGGGUCAUCACGGGAGAUGCUGUACUGGAGCUUAAUUUUGGACAGCAGGUUUGGUUAAGACUGGACACCGGAUCCAUUCCUGCCAGAUACCCCCCCGUCACAACGUUUGGAGGCUACCUUCUCUAUCGCACCUAGUGCUGCCCUCAUUCUAACCACACACUACUUUAGAUCCAGAAAUAUGUUUCAGUUAUUUAAGUUUUGAAACAGUUGCUUUUUAAUUUUUUUGUAUUGAAUGUUGUGUGUAAUGCACAGAAUCAAUAUAGGACACAUUACUCUAAUGUGCAGUGCACACUUUAGUGGCAUAAAAAUUGGUAAGUUGAAUUUUAAGAUGUUUCUGCAAGUUAAAUGGGAAUGCUAAUAAACAUAGCCACAAAAAGAAA